UUAAAUAGAGGAGGCUCUUGUUGCGCGUUCCCUUGGUCUUUCUCUUUUCCUGGUUCCCGUGAAUGCAGCAUUAGAUUCCCGCCUCCUCUUCCUUCUCCAGUUCCGGCUUGGACCAAUAUGGCGGUUGUAUGUUGGCAGGAUAAACUCGGUGUUUAUUUCCAUAUUUUCGGUUUAAUGAUGGAUUAAAUCCUCUUUUUUGUAACGUUUAGGGUUUAAGUUUAGUAAGAUCAAGCCCGCGGUUUGUUUGGUUAUCCUUUGGUGGCGGUUUACCAGGUAAGAUGCAGGUGUUUGUUGAUAAAAGUCAAACAGUAAAACUAUUAUUCUUCAAAAAGAGACUUUAUAUUGAUUAUUUUAACCUUAAUGAGUUCUGUCAGUGUGACUAGAUUAAAACUACAUGAAUGUGUAUCAUUGAACUAUAUCUAUGAGAUACAUGAGAAUUUUUAAAAAAGCUAAUCAAAAAGUGUGAUUAUUAAUCUUUUUUAGCUAAUGAUAUGUUUAGAGUUACUUAUAAUAGACUGUAAAUCCAUGACAUGUCACUCUAUAUGUGUUAUAAUCUUUGUGUCUUCUUCAACAAACCCUCAAACCCAGCCUGAGCCCCAGUCUCAUUAUGAACAGCACCACAUGAUCUAGACACAGCUGGACCCAGGCAGACCCUGAAGGACCAUCAGAACCAUGGAGAAGUUCGGUAUGAGUUUUGGCGGUGGUCCCAGUAGGAAGGAGCUGCUGGACACCGUGGAGACUCAGAAGAAGCAGCUGGUCCAGUACCAGACCCGCUUCAAAGAUGUAGUCCGGGCCUAUAAGAGUCUCUUGAAAGAAAAGGAGGCUCUGGAGGCAAGUCUGAAGGUCCUGACCGUGACCCAGGAGGUGGACCUGCACCAGCAAGUCCGAGAUACCGCCUUCUCAGACGUGCCAGAGGAUGGGUGCUCGAUGCACAGCGAGGACAGUCUGGACACGGCUGCAUCUGUGGACACGCCCAGUGAGACCGCCAGAGGGGAUCAGAGUGAAGAAGACCAAGGAGACCCAGUGGGGAAGUCCAGCUCAGCGGUACGUUUGAAGAGGUUCAGAAACAAAGCAGGAUCCUCAUUACACAGAAUUAUACUGUCAAAACUAUGAAUGUAACACCUUAACAGUGAUGAAACCUCCCGAAUACUAACUAUAACACCCAAGGUUAGACUGUAACUUUAACUGUAGAGUUAAAGGGAUAUUUCGGUGUAAAAUUUAUUUAGGGUCAAACACACCAUAACACUGAGUUAGACACCCCCUCGAGAGAUGAAUGUUGCCGACCGCUUGCUUCUUUAGUUAUACCAACUUUAGUAACCACCGCACGAUAGCGAUACACAGCGGUCUGAGGAGCCAUAAACAAACCUCAAACUAAAACGCCACUCUAUAGCCACAAAUAAUGCUCAGAACAACUUCAUCAACAGGACAUAUAGGGUCCCAGCCAUAGUACUAGACACCAAACAUCUUUUUAACUUUGCCUGAUUUCUUUAGUAAAGAGACUAAACACAACUCACCUACUCUCUUCUUGUUUGUAGUGAGACCUCAGGCCAGUCCAUUAUGGACUACAGUGGGGUGAAGCAGCUCAAGGAAGAACAUUUGUGAUAAUUACUUCAUGGAAAUACAAUCAGACCGAGACACUAAGGCAGAAGAAUUACCGGGUCUGCAGUGCAAAAUGAUUGAUAUGAUGAUUAUUACUUCAAGGAAAUGAUAAAGGAAUGAUCAUAAAUGUUCUUCCUUGAGCUGCUUCACCCCGCUGUAGUCAGUAAUGGACUGGCCUGAGGUCUCACUACAAACAAGAAGAGAGUAGGUGAGUUGUGUUUAGUCUCUUUACUAAAGAAAUCAGGCAAAGUUAAAAAGAUGUUUGGUGUCUAGUACUGUGGCUGGGACCCUAUAUGUACUGUUGAUGAAGUUCGGUGCUGUUCUGAGCAUUAUUUUUGGCUAUAGAGUGGCGCUUUGGUGGAGGUUUGUUUAUGGCUCCUCAGAUCGCUGUGUAUUGCUAUCGUGCGGUUGUUACUAAAGUUGGUAUAACUAGAGAAGCAAGCAGUCGGCAACAUUCAUCUCUCGAGGGGAUUUCUAACUCUGUGUUACGGUGUGUUUGACCCUAAAUUAAUUUUACGCCAGAAUAUCCCGUUAACUGUACCUUUUAGCUGUACCUUUAAUUCAUAAGCACACCUGUAACACCUGAGCUCAGACUAUGAUCUCUGAACACAUAUGUAAUCAUUUCCCUGAUAGUAAAGGUCACUUUUAUUGCAUCUGUUUCCUCCCGCAGUCUCUGAGGUCAGAUCCUGAUGCUGGCAGCUCAGAUAGCAGCGUAGGGGCGGAGCUUCAGCAGGCCACACCUCCUCUAAGCAUGGAGACAGACCGCCGAGUUGUCCAGCUUAAAAGCCAACUGAGCACGCUCACUGGCGCCCUGGCCACCGUGACACAGGAGAAGUCGCGAAUGGAGGCAAGUUUUCAAGCCGACAAGCGUCAGCUGAAGCUGGAGAUGGAGGAGCUGCAGGAUCGACUGGCUGCCAUGACAUUACAGCAGGAGGUGGAGCUGAAGACCUUUCAGCAGCAGCUGGCGGAGAGUCGCGCUCGCGUCAUCACGCAACAGCAUGAGAGGGAGCAGGAGCAGGGAGACCACGCCCAGCAGCUCAGAGAGCUGCAGAGGAUCCUGCAGCAGGAGAGAGACCUGCGGCAGGACGCCGAGCUCCGACUACAGGACGCCAACACAUCACUCCUGCUCACAUCACAGGCCAUUGACCGGGAGGCGGAGUCUGAGGCUCACCUGAGUCAGGUGAGGACGGAGAGAGAUGAGCUGAAGAGGAAGCUGCAGGUGGCUGAGGAGGACCAGAAGAAGCCUGAUCCUAGAGUGGAGGAGCUGCAGAGAGAGCUGAGGGAGCUGAAGGACCACUUCCAGCAGCAGAUUCAGAUUGAGACCCGAAAGGUAUAAACCCACACCAGAAACAACAGAGGUUGGGUCUGAACUAAGGCCAGAACCUUCUGAGACCAGGUUUACACUAAAACCAGAACCCAACGAGAAGCCAAGGGACUAGGUCCACUGAGACAGGUCUUCAUUUAGAGCUGAGCUUGUUGAGAUCAGGUCUUGACUAAAAUCCUUCUGAAACCAGAUUUAUGUUAGGACCACAACCCACUGAGACCAGGUGUAAAUUAAGACCAGAGUCCACUGAAGGUAGGUUAGGUUGAGACCAAAAACCUGCUAAAGCCAGGUUUAAACAGAAAACAGUUGCCACUUAAACCAAGUGGAAGUCGUCACUGAAAUAUAAACCUGCUAUUACCAGAACUAAACUGAGACUAGAAAGAUCUGGACCACGAACAUGUGUUAACGAGUCCGGCUCUUUAACAGUCACAAAAGUGAAGCCAUAGACUGUAUAUAGAACGGACACUGUCUGCCUCCUUGCUGGGUGAAGCCACUCCGAGAACAGCACCCUCUGCAGUAUCGGUCAUAACUCCUGCCUCUGCGAGCAAAGCUUACGGGGCUAUGGACAAACUUUAAAAAUUAUUACACAGAAUAUAAAAUUUUCUCCCCCCUGCUUGUGAUGUUGACAUGUAGUUACUGUCAGACUGGUUUGUGCUCAAGUCCUCUGUUUUCUGUGCAGCUCCGUUUGUAAAAGUUAUUUGGGGGUUCAUGUUUUCUAUGAUUGACACUUGAUACAGCCUAUGGGCGUACAAAGAUUGCGUAGCUCACCCAGGGGGCGAUAUUUUUUUUUCGCAGAAUGGUAAGGGAAGGUCCUGCCUCCUUCGCCUCUAAAUGCAGAAAUAACGAGAGCUUUUCAGUUUCAAAUCCGUAUACUGGUUGAAGGCGUAACCAAGUUGUCCAUAGUAAAUUCAAUCUAUGAGUGAAACCAGGACAGGUGAGGUCUGAUCUUCAGGUGAGCAUCUCAGCCUGUUAGCUGGACUGUCAGUGUCCCCUGUCCUCACGGUGUGUUUGUUUGUGCUCCUGCAGGUGAAGGACUCUGAGGAUCGAGCACGUGAGAGAGCUCAGUCUGCAGAGGCUCGGGUGGCAGGUCUGGAGCAGAGAGUCUCAGAGCUUUCAGAGCUGCUGGGUUCCUGCGAGAAGACCCGGCAGAGAGACCAACAGACCGCUCAGAGGCUCAGAGACCGGAUCCUGCAGCUGGACACUGAGAAUAAGACGCUGGCCAUGGCGACGUCCAGCAGGAUGGGCGGGGACCUGGGUCUGGACGAGUCCCAGCUGGAUGUGGUCGCUCUGAAGGAGAAGAUGGAGAAGGUGAAGAAGCUGCUGCUGCUGGCUGUGCAGAAGAACCCGGACCAGAACAUCCAGAACCUGACAGAGAUAGAGGCAGAGGUGGGUGGGGAAAAAGGCUCAGCGCUCGUCUACCAACAGGAACUACGUCAGCUCAGGGAUGAGUUCGAGCGCUACAAGCUGCGGGCGCAGGUGGUGCUGAAGAACAAGAACACCAAAGAUGGCUGCCAGGCCAAAGAGCUGGAGGAAGUGCGUGACCAGCUCGCCGAACUGAAGGAGAAGUACAUCAACCUGCGGAUCCAGAGCGAUGAGGCUGAAGCUGCGCACCACGGCCAGCUGGAUGAGCGGCAGCAGCAGGCGGCAGUGCUGCAGCAGUCUCACAAACAGGAAAUGGAGCGGGCAGAGGCGCUGCACCGUGAUGAGCUGCUGCGUCUGGAGGCGGAGCUCCACAAACAGAGGGAGAGGACCAUGGCGCUGCUGGAUGAGAAGGACCAGGAGCUGGAAAGGCUGCGGGCUGCUGCUUUCAGCUGCGCCAACAACACUCCAAAGAUGGCCGAUGACGAGCCCAACCCCGGCCCUGAGACUGAGGGUGACAUCAUCAGUCAGGCUCUGCGGCGGGUCACGCCCAAUGAGCCGACGCUGCUGCUGUACGCUGAGCAGCUGGCCAGGAAGGAGGUGGAGGUGGGUGGAUUGCGGCGGCAGAAACACCGGCUAGAGGAGGACGUCCACCAGCUGCAGGCCAAGCUCAUCGCCAACGGAGAACGCCACGACGAGGAAGUCUCGGAGCUGCGAGGACAUCUGGACAAACUGACCCGAGACCGCAGCAGAGAGGGCGCCAACAUGGAGUACCUGAAGAACGUCAUAUUUAGGUUCCUGACACUGCAGGACAACAGCGGACGGCAGCAGACGCUCACCGCCAUCCUGACCAUCCUGCACUUCAGCCCGCAGGAGAAACAGAGCGUGAUGAGGCUACAGGGCGCCACCUGGUGGACAGCCAACAGGAAAUAAAACACCUAAAGAAGAAAUUUUAAGUUUAACGGGGCAGCUGAGACUCUGCAGGAUGCUCGGACGGUCUCUGACGAUCCUCUGACAGUUAAAUCGUUUAAAAAUAUUUAGUUUCUGUCAGCUGCUCCAAAGUUCCUCUGAACUCUGUAAAUAAAAUUAUUUAAAGUUCAGUAUCUGACGGCUGUCACUGUGAUUAAAAACAUUUUAAAGUAACUUUAUUCUCUCCUCAGAUCAUACCUCUGUAUAUUUUUGAUUCUUGUUCAAAUUAAACUAUUUUCCUGCUUCACUGACUGUUCAA